AUGCACCUUCCUCUUCUCUCAGCUAGAGCAGAUCAAUUCUCAGAUUAUAAUCAUUGUACUCCGUACCAGCAAUUCUGCGGAAACUUAAGCAUCAGUUAUCCCUUCUUCAACAGCUCGAACUGGCAUUGCGGACUCGAAGUCAUUCGCUGUAUAAAUGAUUCCACACCAGUAAUUAUCCAUAUCGGGGAGGAAUAUGCUGAAAGUACAUAUGAGGUUCGAAGCAUCGAUUACACCACCAAGACCAUAUUAGUUCGUGAUCGGAGGUUCACCCGAGACUGGCACAGCGACAAUGACAAAUGCAAUGCCCUCUUCAACAAUUAUACUAUGCCACCCAUUUUCAGUUAUCUUUCAGCUCAAGUGAUAAGCCCAAACCUUACACUAAGAGUAUGCAGGCCUCAUCCAGAAGUAAAUGAUGAUGAUUCUCAUCAUGUUGGUGGUGUCCCCCACCGCAAGGAAGUCUGCAAAGUUGAGGUGAUACCUGCAGAUGUAGCAGAUGUACCUCCACCUCGACCACCCAGUUCCCGCCAUCACUCUCAUCCAUAUGAUGAUCACUGCAAACUGGUUCAUCUUCCCGUGGAUGUGCAACCUUCCAAAUUCCAUGGCCCGGUUGAUCCUGUCUCGCAAUUGCUCACUGUUGGGUUUCGUCUUCGAUGGAGCUUUCCCCAACUAUGUCAUCAGUGUGACAAGAAUGGAACAGUCUGUGUGCACGGCUAUCAAAAUGUGAUUUGCUCCAAUCCAAAGGGUAGAAGGAAUCAAGAAAAAGGUAUUCCCACAGGAGUUGCGGCAGGAAUCCUCUUGACAAGCUUAUUUUUCAUCAUGUUCUACAAAUACCGGACUACACGUAAACUUGGCGGAGUCCGAAGGUUAAUCUCCUUGAAGACAGACCUAGAAAAGGGGAGCACCCAGUUUGGAGUUCCCAUCUUCUCCUACGCUGAGCUCGAAGAAGCCACCAAUAAUUUCAGUUCUGAUAAUGAACUUGGAGAUGGUGGCUUUGGUACUGUAUACCACGGAAAUCUUCCAGACGGACGAGUUGUUGCAAUCAAGCGGCUUUACCGUUACAACUCCAAGCAUGUUGAGAGGUUCAUGAAUGAAAUCGAGAUCCUCACUCGUUUGCGGCAUCAAAACCUUGUGACUCUUUACGGGUGCACUUCAUACCGUAGCCGUGAACUCCUCCUUGUUUAUGAGUUCAUUCCAAAUGGUACUGUUGCUGAUCAUCUCCAUGGUGAUAGAAGGAAGGUUGGAUCACUCCCAUGGCCUGUCCGAAUGAGCAUUGCCAUGGAGACUGCAACUACACUCUCCUACCUCCACGCAUCUGAUAUCAUACACCGUGAUGUGAAAACAAGCAAUAUCCUCCUUGACAAUCAUUUCCAUGUCAAAGUGGCAGAUUUUGGGUUAUGCCGUCUGUUCCCUACUGAUGCUUCCCAUGUCUCCACUGCUCCUCAAGGGACUCCAGGUUAUGUUGAUCCCGAGUAUCACCGUUCCUACCAGCUUACGGACAAGAGUGAUGUUUAUAGCUUUGGGGUGAUCUUGAUUGAACUCAUAUCAUCACAACCAGCUGUUGAUAUCAGUAGGCAUCGAGAUGAGAUUAAUUUGGCAAACAUGGCAAUGAACAAGAUACAAAAUGGAGAUUUGAAAGAGUUGGUUGACCCAUGCCUUGGGUUUGAAUCGGAUUCCACAACAAGGAGGAUUGUAACCGUGGUUGCAGAGUUAGCAUUUCGUUGUCUCCAACAUGAGCAAGAAUUGAGGCCUUCCAUGGACGAGGUAUUCGAGAUUUUAACUGCAACUUGGGUUGAUCAGGAGGAAUACAAGGUGGAUAACACAGAGGUGAUGGACAUAUUCUAA